UCUCUCUGUAUGACGACACAGAGAGAAGAGUCUUCACUGUGACCAUCACUAACCUGGUCCUAGACGAUUCAGGGACCUACUGGUGUGAGAUAAACACAUGGUGGUGGUAUCACAAGACUGAAGUCAGGAUCACUGUGGACAGAGCUCCUGUUCCUCCCAACCCUGGCUCCAUCACCUCCAGACCUCUCCUCUCCACGACACACCCAUCAACACACAUCACCAUGGCAACUGACUCCUCAAACUCCACAGCAGGUGUUGUGAUGUUCUCUGGUGGAGUUCUGGGUGUUGUUCUACUACUGCUGGGUCUGCUGCUGUUCAUGUUCUUCAGACAGAGGAGAGACAGAGACAGGAGACCAACAGCAUCCAAACACUCUGCCAGCCUGUUGAUGCCUGACUCCAUGACAACCAACCAAGAUCCAGACACAGGAACCAUCACUAACCCUAUCUACGCCACAGCAACCAAUCAGAACCCAGAUUCAGCCUGUGACAUCACCACCAUCUAUACCAACACAACCAAUCCUCGUCGAGAUGACAUCCACUUCAAUGUUGAGAUCCAGCCUGACUCCACUGUGCUACUGUCAACAUCCCCAGAGAUCCAGCCUGUCUCCACUAUGCUACUGUCAACUUCCCCAGAGAUCCAGCCUGACUCCACUGUGCUACUGUCAACUUCCCCAGAGAUCCAGCCUGUCUCCACUAUGCUACUAUCAACUUCCCCAGAGAUCCAUCCUGUCUCCACUAUGCUACUGUCAACUUCCCCAGAGAUCCAGUCUGUCUCCACUAUACUACAGUCAACUUCCCCAGAGAUCCAUCCUGUCUCCACUAUGCGACUGUCAACUUCCCCAGAGAUCCAGUCUGUCUCCACUAUACUACUGUCAACUUCCCCAGAGAUCCAUCCUGUCUCCACUAUGCUACUGUCAACUUCCCCAGAGAUCCAGCCUGUCUCCACUAUGCUACUGUCAACUUCCCCAGAGAUCCAGCCUGACUCCACUCUGCUACUGUCAACUUCCACAGAGAUCCAGCCUGUCUCCACUAUGCUACUGUCAACUUCCCCAGAGAUCCAGCCUGACUCCACUCUGCUACUGUCAACUUCCACAGAGAUCCAGCCUGUCUCCACUAUGCUACUGUCAACUUCCCCAGAGAUCCAGCCUGUCUCCACUAUGUUACUGUCACUGAUCUGCAUGGCACAGCAUGAAUUCACAUCUUCAUGUUUUCAUGUCUUCAUGUUUUCAUGUUGUCAUUUAGUCAUGAAUUUGUGUUUUUAAUUCAUUCAUUUAUUU